CGCUCAAUGCAACAAGGCAUCACUAGACACCUGAUGGAUCUGGUUGCCGACAUGGCCAAACACUCAUGUUACAGCUCCCGGUGCCGGAGAGGGGAGCGUCACUCAGGAGCCGUGUGUGCAUGUCCGUGGAUGCUGUUUAAAAAGUCCUCAGCAUGCCGACGUCCAAUCAGGGCUGGCCCGAGGAUUUCGGCUUCCAGCUCGGUGGGAAUGGACCCAGCUACAUCCUGUCAGUGGAGGAGGGCAGCAGCGCCCACCUGGCCGGGUUGCAAGCGGGGGACCAGGUCCUGGAGAUCGAGGGCCACAAUGUGUCGACGCUUGGUCCGCAGGCCGUCGUGGCGAUCGCCCAGACUCAGAAGAACAUCCCUCCCAGUAUCGGAGUGGUGUCCCGUAUACAGCAGAUGGACAUCAUACCCGGUCCGGAUGGUCGCUUUGGGUUCACCAUCGUUGGAGACUGCCCCCUGCUAGUGGAGGACUGCUCGCCUUGCUCGCCGGCCGGCCGUGCAGGUCUUAGGGCCGGGGAUUAUGUCAUGGAGGUCAACGGCAUCCCCGUCAGGCAGCAUGAGACCGCCGCGGCGCUGAUCAAGGCCUCCCAGGGAAGGACGCUCCGUCUGGGGGUGCUAUGCCUCGGCGUGAGGCAGAAGCACAGCAUCAGCGUAGACGACAGUCAGAUGGGGGGAGACGGGCCAAGGAUGGACCGUAAACAUAAAGCUCUGGAGUUCAACAGCAAGGUCGACCAGAUUCUCGGUGAUGAACCUGAGGUGAAAGAGAAACUCUUCAGUGUGCUGAAGCAGUACGCGGCCGAGAAGAGAGUGGAGUGGUUGGCCUCUGUUCUGCCAGAGAUACUCACCACUGACGAACAUCGACAGCUCAUCUCCAGCAUCAGAAUCUUCAUCCCGAAGAAACACCGGCAGCGCUUCGAUGACGCCGUCUCCCAGAACGUGAUCAACCGGCUCUGCCGCAGCAAGAGCAUCAGCGAGCCGCAGGGCAGAGUCCGACGCAGCCGGAGCGAGGAUCACUCCGACCGCCACCACGGAUCCAAGCGGGCCAGCUCCGUGCCCAGGGAUGGAGGGGAACCCGGAGGGAGGGGUGACACCGAGAGGGACAGGGGUAUGAGGAAGUCUGUCUCUGGGAUUCCAGCACAUCCCCCCAUCGGACCCAAUCAGAGGAUCGUUCGUGUCUACCGGGGGAAAAAGAACUUUGGCUUCACCCUGCGAGGUCACGCUCCGGUCUGCCUCGACUCUGUCAUCGCAGACAGUCCUGCCGAGGAAUGUGGACUGAAAACAGGCGACCGCAUCCUCUUCCUCAAUGGACUGGACAUGAGGAACUGCUCCCAUGAGAAGGUGGUGUCCAUGCUGCAGGGCAGUGGGGCGAUGCCCACUCUGGUGGUGGAGGAGGGACCCUCAGACUUCUCCUCAGACCAGAUCGACCCAGAGGACUCUCCUUGCCUGGCCCCAACCACGCUGCCACGCUCUAGGUCUCCAGCACUCAGCUCUUUGCAGUGGGUGGCGGAGAUCCUUCCACCGAGCAUCAAAGUCCACGGGCGAACCUUCAGCCAGCAGCUGGAGCACCUGCUGACCAUCCAGGAGAGAUACACCGUCUGCAAGUCCCUGGAGACUUUCUUCCAGCACAGGAACGUGGAUACGCUCAUAGUAGACGUGUUCCCGGUGCUGGAUACUCCGGCCAAACAGCUGAUCUGGCACUUCAUCUACCAGCUGCUGACCUAUGACGAGCAGGAGCGCUGUCAGGGCAAACUGUCCCGCUUCCUGGGUUUCAAGAGCAAUGGAGUGUUAGAGCCUGACGUCGGUCCGGAGCACCACCGGAGGAGCAGCUCCAUGCGCGUGGCGGGGACGUCGUAUCGCGGCAUCGCCCGAGAGAGGAGCUCUGACGACUGCAUCAUCGGGACUCACCUGGGAAUGGGAAUUCAUAUCGAUGAAUCCGGGAGCCCGGAGGAGAGGCAGUCAGGAGAUGGAACCUCCUUCCCCGAGUCCCCUGACCUCAAUCAUAUGACAGGUGUGUACACGGAGCUGGAGAACGUGUACGCAGGGAAGAGUGUGCCUCCGCUGCAGGGGGGCUCCUCCCCCGAGAGGCCGGGACAGACUGAGGCCUACGGGCGCUCUCUCUCCCCCCUCACACUCCCCCCUCUCACAGGAAACCGUAAGUCGGGCCUGUCGCUGUCGUGGAAGGAGCCUCUCCCCACUCCUGUGUAUGAGAUCCACCACCAGAGCAGCGUGGACUCCAACCCCUACGUCAGCCUGGAGAGCCCCCCCGCCUCCCCGCAGCCCCUGGACAGCGGCCCCAACACGCUGACCCGCCGCAAGAAGCUGUUCACCUUCUCCCGCCCGCCCCGCAGCCGGGACACCGACAAGUUCCUGGACGCCCUGAGCGAGCAGCUCGGCCACCGGAUCACUUUGGCGAAUGACUUUGUACCCGGCGAGAACGACUAUGAGGAGAUUUAUCACGGUGAUUGUCAUGGUUUCAGAAGAAGAGCUGUGACUAUGAGCUUCCAGGACGACCAGGAGCUGGGCUUCAUGCCGCGGCAGCUCAGCAGUGGCAGCAGUGAGGAGCACAGCAGCGAGGCCUCGUUCUCCUCCGAGUCCGAGCCGAUCCCACCUCCUCCCACCCAGAGCCCGCCCCCUCCACCGCCCUUCCAAGCCCUGAUACCCCCUCCCGUCCAGUUCACCGACCCCCUCCCGCCCAUCCGCUUCUCCCCCGAGCACACCCCCCGCAGCCGCAUGCCCUUCCAGCCGCACCACCCCAUCAUCCCCCCGCCUCCUCCUCCUCCAAGGAACCUCAUGUCCAGCCGAUCCCCUCGACACAAAGUGCUCCCCACCAGAGAGGACUUGGAGAAAACCCACCAGCGCUUCCCGGCCACCUCCGGCCGCCUCACGCACAGCCACACCACCGUGGGCUCCACCACCCUGCGCUCCUCGCAGCCGUCCCGCCCCUGCUACCUGCCGCGCCAGCUCAGCCAGCCCCAGCCCAUUCGCCAGACGUCCCCCCAGCCCUCCCCUCAGCUGCUGAGGCCCAGCCAGCUCGUCCUGCAGAGGCACCACCAGCUCCACCACCAACACAGUUACCAGGGCCCACUGCCGCCGUCCCUCCAGGAGGACGGCCCCUCGCAGUGCACGAGCCAAGGCCCCGGAGCCUCAGCGCUUCUCUCCCAGCCUCCAGGGUCUCACUCCAGCCUCCCCACUCACAAUAAGGUUUAUGAAAGUCGACAGGAUCACCAGUCACAGCAGGCUGCCCCACCGCCCCCUCCGCCCCUGCCCCCGCCCUGCGACCCGCCCCCGCUGCCCAAGGCGGGCCGACGGGCCUCGGACGCGAACCACAUGAGCGUGAAGAGGCUGCGCUGGGAGCAGGUGGAGAACUCGGAGGGAACCAUCUGGGGUCAGCUCGGCGAGGACUCAGACUGUGACAGGCUCACUGACAUGGUGAAGUUCUUGGACCUUGAUCUGCACUUUGGGACUCAGCGCAGAUCCAUCUCUCCUCCAGAGUCAGCCUUCCCUCCUGAGAACUUUAAAAAGAAAGACGUGGUGGAGAUUCUGUCUCACAAGAAAGCCUACAACGCCUCCAUCCUCAUCGCCCAUUUGAAGCUCUCCCCCGCCGAGCUGCGUCAGGUGUUGAUGAACAUGACCACCAACAGGCUGGAGCCGGCCCACAUCAAGCAGCUGCUGCUCUACGCCCCGGACGACGACGAGGUGAAGCAGUACGAGCAGUUCGAGCAGGACCCGGCCAAACUGAGCGACCCCGACCAGUUCAUUUUCCAGAUGCUGAUGGUGCCCGAGUACAAGACUCGCCUGCGGAGCCUCCACUUCAAGACCACGCUGCAGGAGAGGACGGAGGAGAUGAAGGUCGCGUACGAUUACAUCUACAAGGCCUCGGUGGAGCUGAGGAGCAGCAAGAAGCUGGCCAAAAUCCUGGAGUUUGUCCUCGCCAUGGGGAACUACCUGAACAACGGGCAGCCGAAGAGCAGCCAAACGACCAGUUUCAAGAUCAACUUCCUGAGCGAGCUAAGCACGACCAAAACGGUGGACGGAAAAUCCACCUUUCUCCACAUUCUGGCCAAGUCGCUGGGCCAACACUUCCCCGAGCUGCUCAACUUUUCCAGAGACCUCACGACGGUGCCCCUGGCGGCCAAGGUGAACCAGAGGACGGUCACAACGGAGCUGAGUGACCUUCACGCCACCAUCCAGGACAUCAGGACGGCCUGUCUGAAGAUCCCCCCCACCUCUGAGGACCACUUUGCCUCCGUCAUGAGCAGUUUCCUGGAGAACAGCCACCCCGCGGUCCAGUCCCUGGAGUCCCUGCAGACCCGAGCCAUGGAGGAGUUCUCCAAGGUGGCCUCCUACUUCGGAGAGGACGGCAAGUCCAGCAGCACGGACACCUUCUUCGCCAUCUUUGCAGAGUUCAUCUCCAAGUUUGAGAGGGCGCUCAGUGAGACCCAGAGUCCAGAGAACCCCAGAAGCCCCAGGCUGUCUUCCCCUCCGGCCUGGUAGGAGGACGUCGGGCCAAAGAAAGGCUGCUCGGCUGCUCUGCUCGGCUGCUCUGCUCGAAAGGCUGCUCGGCUCCAUUUUCACUCUGCUCUCCACAACCAAAGUGCCAAGAUCACACACACACACACACACACACACACACACACACACAGAGACACUCCAACCAACAGGGAGCAGAGAGCACGUCAUCUACGGCCCAUCUGUGGGAUGACAGAGAACGAGUUCCCCGUGUGCAGCAGUGCUGUUAUUUUUCGGGUGCUGGGCAGAGCAGGAACAUUCAGGAACGCUCACAUCUUCACAUUCUAAAGCUCCUCAUCACAUGUUAGAGAACCACAGAGAAACGUCCGUGUACAUACGAUCCCUUCACUUCAGCUCCAAGCUGCUUCACAAUGAAAUGUAAGUAAUGAAAAAGGAUGAAUCGCCGUGUUUAUUCUAUGAUGAUAUAAAGUUUAUAUUUUCUAUCGGGUCCUGUCGGGAAAUUGUAAAAGACAGUUCUCUGGAAUCAAGAGGAUUCAGGAGUUGUAUUGAUAUUGUGCAGAGUCUCCACAGGAGGAGGGUUCGAAACAGACAGGACAACCAGCGGUGCGUUCACUGCCUCCCAUACUGCAGGACUCAAUUCAAAGAUUUAAAUACUGUUCAUCUCGGAUGCAUCUUUUGCUAGAAUUUCUAAACGUAUUCAACUUAAACUGAAAAAUCAUCCAUUUCCACCUGUUACUUUUUAAGUUGCUGAUGAGGAUCAGACGAUCGUUGUCUCUGGAAGUCAAACGCAACCAGAGGGUUAAACCAUCCCGGAAUUCAUAAUGUUGAAUUUGAAAUUUACAAAUUGAAAUAUUCCUGAUGAGGUGAAUUUAAAAAGGUUUUAAUUCAAUUUGGAUUCAGUUUGAUUCAACUUCAUUUGUACAAUGACAAAUCGCAACAUACAGAGAUUCCCCUCUUUGCAAUACCAAUCACAAAACUUGAUUUGCUCAAACUGGAUUGGUUGAAUUUAGCCGAGUGAUACCAACAGAUAAGAAUGGAAACUGGAACCUUGAAAAAAAAGUUUAAAAAAUCUAGUUUGGAAUGUAAACUAAAUAUAUGAACUAUAUUUGUUUAUCAACAAAAUAUUCCAUUUCAUCCAUAAAAAAUUCCGUUUUGACUACACUUCACAUAUCAGGCUACUUAUAACAUUUUUAUUAUUUUAUUAUUUUAGAUGACAGUGAUUAAAUUCUAUGGCAAAAAUAAUAAACCUGUAGCCACGCUGCUAUCAACCCCCAGUAUUCUGACCCUCUCCUUUACUCAGACCCAGAUUCACUCACAGUUCUGCACUUGUGAACGUCGAGUGCAGUGAACGCAGCCUCGCGGCUGUCGAACCAAUGAAUGUCAAACGUGUGGGAGAAGAGAAGAACCCCACCCCCCAACUGUACAUGACUAUGUCCUGCUUCUGUGGUCGCCGUGGUGAUCUCAAGACUCAUCUACAGUACAGUGUACCUGUAGCUGUGUUGUACUUAUGUUGACGAUGACUAUUGUUGAGAUUGUAAAUUGGACUGUAUUCGCUAUGCACUGCUCGUCAUCUUCACUUUCUACCGUGUGCCCGUUCGUCCUGAGGCCCUAUUUUAUUUCCCCCCCCCCUGAGCGUCCACUUGACGCUGCCGUCUCCCUUCUUCUUUACGCACAGCUUCGGCCGGGCUCGUAGAAAACGCAACUCUAGCUGCUCUGAGUGUAGUGACCGUGUUUCCUCGUCCCAGUCCAUUGCAUGUCGGUGCAGUUAGUGUGUUCAGACGUGCAGCUGGUAGCAGUUACCCUCCCUGGAUAUUUAGGUUUGAAAUAAGUUACAUCUCUGUUGUGUCCGGUCCAGUUUAUUUAGGUUUCAUGCAUCGGUUGCCUCCAGGUUCCUUUUUAUAUCUGUUUUCUAUGUUCCGUGGUUGUUUUACCUCCAUGUUUGGUUCAGUGCUUUCAGAAAUGAAGAAUAUUCUGUUUUUGAUCUAUAAAAAUAUCAUGCUUGAAAGUAAAACC